CUGCGGCGAUUUGGUGUUUCGCAUUUGGCGGGCCGCUUUACUUUGCGGAGGUAAACACCCUUGAAACUAAACCCCUUCUUUAGCUGGUUUGUUUGUUUAUGUGCGUGAACGUGUCUUGCUUCGUGGUGUUGUAUGAGGUGUGAAAGAAGAGUCAAGCUUAAAAUUCGCGCUCAGCUCAUUGUAACGUGUCGUGCAGGAUGCCGAAAAGGUAGGCGGCAUGAUUCGUCUUCGUCGUCUGCCGAUGAGGAAGGUGGCGCAGGCGAUGGGACAGCGGCUGCCCCUGGAGGGGGCUCGAGUUCCGAUUCGUCUCGGAGUGCCACUCCAGAGCGUGCGGCUCGUGAGGGAACGGUAGAGAGUACUUCAAGCCGGCGAGACGACUCCCGGGAUACGAUUACACGUGAACGUGAUCGCCGGUACGCGGAAGAACGUGCUGCGGAUCGCGAUAGAGGCCGAUGCGAAGAGAUUCUUUGUGUGCGCACAGGCUCGGUUGCAUCAUCGCGCGAAACUUCACUCAGUCGGCGUGGGACUUCGCAGGAACGCGAAAGUAGUGAAGAUAAGAUCUCGCAUGAACUCAAAUCUGAAACGAAGAAACACGACGAAACACGUAUAGAUGAAAAAGAGCAGGGCAAGGUGGAUUCGGUUGCAGCGAAGACUGAAAAUUUAGCUAUUGCUACGUCGCAAGCACUUGCGCCAUCGCCAAAAGCUUUUGGACCUCCUGAAGAACAUCCAGAUACAUUGCAACUGCAGGCAGCUGAAAUGAGUGGCAGCGAUGAAGAGAACGAAGAUAAAAACAGAUCUAAUCGAAAUGAUCAAGACCAACCUGCUAAAAGCAGUGGGACCAACGAAACAGCCGAGGAAAGCAGUCCAUUAAAACCAGCACACUCCCUGGGCAAGAAGGUCCGAGGCAUAGUGACAGAUACGUCGUCCAGCGGUAGUGAAAGUGGGGACGAUACUGCAGCUCAACAAGAGAACGUCACGCAAGGAAAACAUGUGCGUACGACAAAAACUACAAAAGCGCCUCGUCGGCAGCGCCAAAGUGAAAGCGGGCGCAGCUCAGCAACCGCAACGGACCGCGAUAGCAGCAGUGAAAGAGAAAACGAUGCCCCUGAUCAGCAGGAUAGUGCCAACCAAGCGAAGCACCCUCGGACCGCCUCAAAGCCUGGAAAAGGUUCCAAACGGAAGCGUCGAAGUGAAAGCGGACAAAGUUCAGUCAGUGAUAUGGACAACGACAGUAGCGAGGAUGAACACGAUGUAACGAAGGGACGCCGUUUGAAGUCCCAGAUUGUACAGGCUCCACCGCCGGUGGCAUUAGCUCCUGCUCGGGCUCCGUUGCAGGCCCAAGCGGAGGAACCCCCAAAAAAGAAAACAGUUGACCCACUGCUAACAAGAACAGGUGGGGCGUAUAUUCCACCAGCGAAAUUACGGGAAAUGCAAAAGAAUGUUACGGAUAAAGGAACUAUUGAGUACCAGAGGAUCGCAUGGGAGGCGCUCAAGAAAAGCAUCAACGGUCUAGUUAAUAAAGUAAACGUAUCCAACAUAAAAGAGAUCGUUUUCGAGCUUUUCCGUGAAAAUUUAAUCCGUGGCCGUGGUGUGCUAGCUCGGGCAAUAAUGCAGGCCCAGGCAUUUUCACCGACUUUCACUCAUGUCUACGCAGCCCUUGUGGCUGUUAUCAACUCCAAAUUUCCUCAGACCGGUGAACUAAUUAUGAAAAGGACAAUCUUACAAUUUAAGCGUGGAUUCCGGCGGAAUGAUAAAACUAUGUGCGUGUCGAGCGUUAAAUUUCUUGCUCACCUGUUUAAUCAGCAAGUGGCCCACGAAGUCAUCGUUCUUGAAAUUCUUACCCUACUCCUUGAGAAGCCUACAGAAGAUUCGGUUGAAGUUGCCAUUGCCUUUUUAAAAGAAGCGGGACAGAUGCUCACGGACGUGUCGCCGCGUGGAGUACUGGCAAUUAUGGAGCGUCUGCGCCAUAUACUUCACGAAGGUGCUGUCGAUAAACGGUGCCAGUAUAUGAUUGAGGUUUUGGCUGCGGUUCGUAAAGAAGGUUUUAAAGAUCAUCCACAUGUUAUUCCAGAAUUAGAUCUUGUCCAAGAAGCCGACCAGUUCACGCAUAUGCUUAGCUUAGAAGAGGUAAAUGACGGACAAGAUGUACUAAAUAUCUUUAAAUUCGAUCCCCUCUAUGAAGAAAACGAAGAGAAGUAUCAGGGCAUCUACAAAUCGAUCGUAGGUGAUAGUGGCAGUAGCAGCUCAGGGAGUGAUUCGUCCGAAUCGUCAUCGGAAUCCUCUGAAGAUGAUGAGGGAAAACAACCGAAGACUGAGGAUGCUAUUGUCGACAUGACAGAAACUAACAUGGUUGCCUUACGGCGGACUAUUUUUCUAACAAUACAAAGUUCACUGAAUUUCGAAGAAUGUGUCCACAAGUUACUUAAGCUCGAAAUCAAACCUGCACAGAUACCUGAGAUGUGUCACAUGGUCCUGGAUUGCUGUGCUCAACAGAGAACAUAUGAGAAAUUUUUCUCAUUAGUUGCCCAGCGGCUAUGCAUGAUUAGACGCGAAUAUAUGGAACCUUUCUGUGAGAUCUUUGUUAACGCUUACGAGACAGUACAUCGGCUCGACACCAAUAAACUUCGUAAUUGUGCGAAGUUCUUCGCAAAUCUCCUACACAGUGAUGCAAUUCCGUGGCAGGCGUUAAGUGUUAUCAAACUCGGUGAAGAAACAACCAACUCGUCGUCGCGAAUCUUUAUCAAAAUUCUAUUCCAAGAGCUCGCGGAGUUUAUGGGGUUGGUGAAACUAAACGAACGAGUAAAAGAUCCUACACUGCAAGAAGUAUUUGAUGGCCUUUUUCCAAGGAAUUCACCACAAAACACGCGCUUCGCAAUAAAUUUCUACACUUCUAUUGGACUUGGAGGCUUAACCGAUGAUCUUCGCGAACAUCUAAAAACUAUGCCGAAGAAGCCGCCACCUGUUGUCAAGGAAUUUUCUAAUUCCUCAUCUAGCUCUUCAAGUUCAUCCUCUAGUGACAGCAGCGAUUCUUCAGAUUCUGACGAUUCUUCAUCCAGCGAUUCAUCGAGCUCAUCAUCAUCAUCAUCAUCAUCGUCGUCAUCAUCUUCUUCUUCUUCGUCGACUUCAUCAUCAAGCAGCGACGAUGGAGACCGGCGAAAGAACGCGGCCAAGAAAAAAAAAGAAUCAGUUAGUAAAAACGGAAAAGUCGAUAUCAACAACCAAGAAAAGCCUCCGAAAGGUCGAAGCAAUGCUGAUCGUAACCAUAACGGCCAUGCUUAUAAACGCGAUAAAAACAAGGACCGAGAUUUCGAUGAAAAAACCGGCCAUCGACAGUUCGAUGAUCGGCGAAGAGAAGAUGCUACUGGAAGAAAGGACCGCAAAGACGACCGCAGCCGAAAAGACACCCUGGAUAACGAGGAACAAGAACGAAGCCGCCGACAUGGCCAUGACGAUCGUAGAGAGGAUCACCGACGGCUGGACGAAAGCUAUAAGGACUCAAGAAGCAUGCAAGAAGACGAACGAAAAUAUCGUAAUAAACAUCUAGGAGAUGAUCAAGAUACCCAGGAUGAGGAAAACGGUCGUAAAAAUUUGGACAAGAAAAAUUCUAAAAAUACGGAUGCCUGGAACCAUGACAGAAGUCCACGGGCGUCGGCAAAGUCAAAGAGUUUAGCUGACACAAGUGUUGAGGCCAAUCCAAGUCAUUGCCGCAGGGGGAGGGUUGAGGAAGAUAAAGAGAAUCGAAAGAAGCGUCGACGGGCUAGCGGUAAUAAUGACCCCGAAGAAAGAGAUGAUGGCCGAAGAAGAGAUCAUAAAAAGGGCCGCAGAGAGAGGUCUCAGGAACAUGGGGAUGAGCCACGGCCAGACCGACAGGACGAGCAGGUAAAACAAUCCGGGAAACACAAAGGCAAAAAGGAUAAAGAUAGACGCGAAGACGGCCGAUCAAACAGACAUGAGAGGCGACGGGCCGAAGAGCACUCGAGUGAAAGCCGACGAAAACGACAUAGAAGCACUAGUUAGCCUAAUAGAAUUUAUUAAUACAUUAAUACCGAUCAUUUAACGUAUUUUAUACUGUACAGUGUGGACGCACAUCAUCCAUAUUAUCAUUGGCGUAAUUAUCGAUAUUGUGAUUACUUUUGCUAUUAUGAUUAAUACCCUAAGUGAAUUUUUAGGUUCCGCCCUCUAACGUAUGGUGUGUAUACAAUGUAACUACUUCUUCUUUAAUGUGAAUGACUGUAAAUACAAUACAAUGGUUUUCUUGGAUUUAAAAACGUAUUUUGCCUUAAGGGUAAUGGUUGUUUUCCGUCCGGUAUUCUCUAUGCUAAACCUUUUAGUUCUUUUGAAGUGUGAUCAUAUGAGAGUUAGUCUCAAAUCCUCAUCAGUUUUUCUAAUUUCUCUUUUUUCCUUAUAAAAACUAGCAUGCAAAUUUAUCAAAAUAUUGCCGUAAGCAAGAUUACAGUUUUAUAUUUUUCGUAAAAUACAAACCUAUUUCGUGCUAGCAUUUUGUUUUGAUAGUAUCUAUACGUUCGACUGAUCAUAAAAUCAUAGGAUUUUUGUCGAUCGUAUUAAAUGGAGUAAAUGGUUUUCUAUUCGUGUUUUCUGUUGCACAUACCAAAAAUAAUUUUCGUAAAAUAAGUCCUCAUUUGCCGAUGUCUUGGUCGAAAUAUAAUACUGCUUCUAACACUAAGUUAGCGUCUCAAUGUGAUGUAAACAUCUAAUCAAAUUAGAAAAGUGUAUUUUAUCCGGACUGUGCAUUAAAGAGGUCAAUUUAACAUCUCCCUUCAUUAGAUCCGCGUUCGCUUACACCGAUUACUGAGUAAUUUUUGCAACUUAAACUGGCGCACAUAUCAAAAUACAUCGUUUAACACCUUAAUCUCCGAAUCGACACAAUUCCAAAUAAGUAGUUGUAGGACAAUGAUUAUGCUAUCUGUGAUUGACGUGGACCAAAAAUCAACAUGGUCGCAGUUUUAUUUGAAUAAACACGCUCACGCUGAGCCCUGUGGAAGAAGUAGAUCGAUCAAGUGUAUUCGGUCAAUACAUACGCCAAUGUUGCCUGUAAUUUACCUAGCACAAACGUUUGUCCUUGACGGAAUAUCUUUUACACGUUGCUAAUUAAGCGAUGAUCAUCGCUGUUCAACUAUAAUAACAGAUAAAAUCAACGUAAAUUAUUGCUGUCCACUACUCGUUAGGGGUUCAACCAACUUAUCUGUGUCAGUUAAUAAUAGUUUAAACUUUAGUAAAUCGCCUUUGAGUUAAUUCGUAAAAAGAAGAGCGAUAAAGUCACCAGUUGUGGGUGGACUUACACGGGCAUUGGUAGUAUGACGUUAGCCGACCCAUGCAGUGGAUCGUUCAUAGAAAAAAGCACCCUGCUUAAGAAAUUGUGGAAGAUAAGAAGAGUAUUACGGAUAAACGAAAUCCUGAAUAUCAAGAUUUGUGGACGGGGAUUGAGAAACAUAUGAAUGGCCUUGUUCAUAAGUUAAACAUACUCGCAGUUAGUCUCCUUCGAAAGUACUUAAUUAAUGUGGUGUUUUGUCCAGUUAGUAUUACAAGUUCAAACGUUCUCACGACCUUUUACUCGUCUAUACUCAAGUUGAGUUCCCUAAAAUGGGAGAACUGAUUCUGACCACGAUGACUUCGCAGUUUAAGUGUGGGUUUCGAAAGAAGAACAGAGUCGCGUAAGUAUCGAGCUUCUUGCUCAUUCGUUUAGCCCCUAAGUAAACAAAAUCGUCAUUUACGAAAUCCUAGUCUUGCUUGUUCGAGUCUGACGUUCGGUAUGGUCGUUAGGCAUUCUAUCAGGCGGGUGGCUCUUACCACCAAACGAAGUGUGUCUAUGCCAGGACUCGAAUAGUCACCAGAACGUGUCCCUAAAAUUAGUACGCAGUAUAUUACCCAUUAAGCUAUCACGGGGACCUGUUAAGAGAUCUAUCGAAAAUUCAGUAGAAGGCGUCAUAAUGAUGUAGACAAGCGCGAUGAGUAUAUUAUAAUUAUCGAACACUGGCUGAAGUUCCUAAUCAACCCGUUAAAGAUUAUUGGAAAAUUGCACGGCUGGAUAUUAUUUAGGAAACUGAUAGAUAUACACUAAGUGGGGGAAUUACCGACGAAAUGUACUGAGUUUUCUUAAAUGUGAUGAUCUUUAUAAAGAGAACGGAUGAGCUAUUUUUACGCGUAUAAUAACAUGACAAAACAAUUUUAU